AUGAAAAAAAGCACGAUAGGUGAUGGUCAAAUAAGAUUACUUCCUGAUAAUGAUCAAACAUGUGAGCUGUCAUUUCCAGGAAGAUUGCCAAAAAACAUAGUACCUUCCAUAUAUGAAGUCAGUAUCGUUCCAAUCAUAGGAACCCAAUUUUUUUUUGGCUCCGUUAAAAUUGAAGCAACUGUUAAAAUUAAAACAUCAUCCUUUAUAAUUAUUCAUUCCAAAAAAUUGACUUGGAAAGAUAUAUCUCUUCAAUUAAUCUCUCAAAACAUAUUUAUUCCUAUAAAAUAUGUAAAAUUUUGCCCUAAACUCGAAAUUGCUAUAAUAAAACUUGAAGUCACUUAUAUUAAUGCCGAUGAAAAUAUUAUAAUUUUUAUAUUUUUUGAAGGUAAAAAUUCAGAAAAUUUAAAAGGGUUAUAUCAGAGCUCUUAUUUUAAUCCAGUAAAUAAAAAACAUUUUAUAAUAUCGAGUCAAUUUGAGCCAAAUUUUGCAAGACAAUGUUUCCCAUCUUUUGAUGAACCAGAAUUUAAAUCAAUUUUUAAAAUUAUUUUAGGGAGACCUCCGUCGAUGAUUAGUAUAUCUAAUAUUAAUAAAAUUAAAUCCGAACUUUGGAAGAAUGUAAAUCUAGAAAUACUACCAUUAGUUUAUAGGGAAAAGGUCGAAGACUACAUAUUUGAUUUUUAUGAUGCAUCCCCCUUGAUGAGUACAUAUUUAGUAGUAAUUAUUAUUUGUGAUUUUGUCUCAUUUUCGGAUACAACAAUCAGACUUACUUCGGAUAAAGCUGAUAAUAAAAUAGAUAUUUCCGUCUAUGCUCCUAGGCAUCAAAUUCAACAAACUAGAUUUGCCUUGAAUGUUCUUAAGGCCCUUCUUGAAUUUUAUCAAAAUUAUUUUAACGUACCUUACCCAUUGAAAAAGUUAGACUUGAUAGCAAUACCAAACUUUGCCGCGGGAGCAAUGGAAAAUUGGGGUUUAAUUACUUUCAGAAUGAGUGAUUUAUUAUACGAUCCUUUAUAUAGCCCUGAAAUUGUUAAGCAGAAAAUCGUGACAGUCAUAGCACAUGAAUUAGCUCAUCAAUGGUUUGGCAAUUUAGUAACAAUGAGGUGGUGGGAUGAUUUAUGGCUCAAUGAAGGUUUUGCAUCCUACAUGGAGUAUAAAGCCACAUCUUUUCUAUAUCCAGAAUGGCGCAUGAUGGAUCAAAUUAUUAUUGAACAAAUGAACAAUGCCUUUAGUUUAGACUCCCUAAAAACAUCCCACCCAUUAGUUAAUUCAUUAUUAGGCAAUCAUGAUUAUCUAUCCAACGAGUUAUAUUCCAUCGAAAACUCGUUUGAUGCCGUUGAAUAUGAAAAAGGAUCUUUAAUAAUAAGAAUGCUAGAAAACUUAUUUUUAUCGCCUGAUAUAUUUAAAAUAGGGAUACAAAUUUAUUUAAACAAGUACAUGUAUAAUGUAACAGAUUACUUUGAUUUGCUAAAAUGCUUUGAAGGAUUUAAUUCGACUGUUUUAUAUAGCUUUAACCCUAACCGGAUUUCGUCAUGGUUACAUCAGAAAGGAUACCCUUUGGUAACCGUAAAAGAUAUUAAAUGGGAAAAUGAGAGCCUCCUUAAAAUCAAAAUUGAUCAAACUCCUUUCAUAAAUGUUUAUGAUGAUCAUGAUAAAACCAAAAUUUUAAAUGAGACAUUUGUUGAUGAUUUACGUCAAUGGGAAUUUCCCUUUACAUUUGUAACGAAUCUCAAACCUUUCAGAAUACAAACAAUAUUGCUUAAUUCUCUAGAUGCUAUUAUACUUUUGAAACAGAAUAAUGUUGAUAAAUUGAAAUGGGUAAAAGGUAAUAUCAAUAAUUAUGGAUACUACAGAAUAAAUUAUAGUAAAAAAUUAUGGAACAAUUUAAAACAGCAAUUGUAUUCUAAUCCAUUAAUAUUUAGCCCAAGUGAUAGAAUAGAUCUGAUUGAUAGCGUGUUCUGGCUGACAAAAUAUGGUCAUCUAAAAGGUGACUUUACCUUGAGUUUUUUUAUGUAUGCCAUAGAUGGAGAAAUUAAAGAAGAUGAUCCUUUAAUUAAUAUGUUUUUACUUGAUAUAUUGAUGUCUUUUCGGCAUAGUAUAGGUAUUAACAAUGGGACUUCGUGGAAUCCUUUACUAAUAAGAUUCCUAAAUGCUAUUCUAAGAUGGCCGAAGUUUCUUAAUUGGGAUCAUAACGACCUAAGCCAUUUAGAAAAAAUAUUACAAAGCAAGGUUUUCACUGUUGCUCUUAUAUUGGGGCAAAACGAGACAAUAAAAACUGCUUAUUCAAUAUUCAAGAGAUUCAUUAAUACAAAUGAUUAUAUGCCUAAUCCUAACCUCCUAACGCCGAUAUUAUUAUCCGCCAUUAAAUAUGGUACUGAAAAGGAUUGGAACGAUAUAUGGGUACGCUAUACGAAUACUCAGAUUCAUUCUUUGAAAGAACAACUUCUAUUUUCUUUAACAUCUACCCAGAAUCCAAUUUUAAUUAACAGGCUCUUGACGUAUAUGUUGGAUCAAACGAAAAUAAAAACGCAGGAUAUAAGAACUGUAAUAUCUAAAAUAUCCAACGGCCAUGAUAUAGGAUUGCCAUUAGUAUGGGAUUUUAUAAAAAUACACUGGGAAUCAUUGAUACAUUUGGUCGGGGAUACGCAGGAAGAAAAAGAAACUUUAUUGAAACCAAUCCUAAAACAUAUCUCCAAAAAGGAAGAGAUCAAAGAUUUCCUUAAAUUUUACAGGGAACAUAUCAAAUGGGAAAUUUCGUUAGGAUUCAAGCAAAUAAUAGAGUCUCUUGAUGUUAACACGAAUUGGAAGAAGAGUAACAAAAAGUUAAUAAACGACUGGUUGACAAAUCAAAAUAAUAAUACGAAUAUAAUGAAUAUAUAA